AUGGCAGAGGAUACGGAUCAACAUCGCGACAAGCGGGCCAGGUUAGAUCCUGGUGGAAAUGAGGAGGCGGACCCAACGGAGGUGGAACCACUGACACAGGCCACAAACCAUGACCGGCAAGGUGCGAUGGAGACAGACAGUGCGAUGGAUGUUGAUCAUGCGGAGAGCGCAGGAUCGAUGCAGAAGGACUCGAAAGACGGCGGCGCUACCGACAAUUCUAGGUUUGUGGAGGAUGAGAUGACUCUGGAACAACUACAGAAAGAUAUGGGCGAAGCCUUUCUUCUCUGUCGAUCCACAGUCGAGCGUCAGCGACCAAAUCCGCAGCAGCAUCUGCUUGCGCUGUAUGGGUUAGGUCCGGUACUACGCAGCGUCGCUCGAACAGAUCCCAAGACUGGAGAAAAAAUCAACAAGCUGCGAAAGUCAUAUGAAGGGCAGAUCAAAGGCUUCGGUCUGGCCGGGCGGAACAAACCUGUCAAGGGGGAGCGCAAUGUCGAGGAAGAUGAGCCGGGACCGUUAAGGCGCAUGGCAGGGUCAUCGGCAUGGGGUCUCGAACCAGACGAGCAGUGGAACGCAGAGCAUGCGCGGUCGAAAAUCGAGGUGACGCCAGACUUCAAGGCGAAACUGAAACAAGCAAUGCAGAUGCAACCGGGCACGGUUAGGAACAACGCUCACUGGGAGGAUGUUCUGGGGUUUGACAAGCCCAAGCCACAGCCAUAUGGCAUUUCCGCACAGCAAGCUGGCGCUGUCCAACCUGUCAUGUCCCGGCUUCCCAAUGGUGCAGCAGUUCGACCACUGCCUCCGCCUCCGCCACCGGCUGUGAUCCAAGCUGGAGCUGGCACUGGCAGCGGGCCUAAACGGCAGACUCGUGGAAAGAAGCGAAGUUAUGGCGAUGACAGUUUCGUGGGGUAUGGAGAGGGCUUUUCGGACGCCGAUGAUGGCGAUGAUGGUGACGACUAUGGCAGCCAGCGCAAGCGCAAAAAGGUGACGCUGAUGGCAUCGUGA